AUCUCCAUUUACUUAGGUCUUUUACAAUGUUUGUCAAUAAAGUUUUAUGAUUUUCUUCAACUAAAACACUGCAAGUAUUUUAUUUCUAGGCACCUUAUUUUUGAAGCAUAUCAUAAAUGGUAUCUUUUUCAUAGUUAUAUUUUCUACCUUGCUGGUGAAUAAAAAUACAAUUUGACUUUAUGUAACAACCUUGCUGUACUGUACUCCUUAUUGUAAUAAAUUGUAGAUUUUCUUUUGGAUUUUCUAUGCAGAUAGUCCUAUCUGUGAAUAAUGACCGCUUUGUUUCCUCCUUUCCAAUUCUUAUGCUUUUUUUUUCUUCUUUUUCUUGUCUUAAUGUGCUGGCUAGGAUCUCCAGUACAAUGUUGAAUAGAAGAGGUGAUGGGGGCAUCCUGAUCUUGUUCCUGAUUUUAAAGGGAAUGCUUUCAAAGUUUCACAAAUAUGGUUUCUAGUUUUAGGGUUUCUGAACUACAAGUGUUACUAGGCUUUGCUGGACGGAAUAAAAGUGGACGCAAGCAUGACCUCCUGAUGAGGGCGCUGCAUUUACUGAAGAGUGGCUGCAGCCCUGCGGUUCAGAUUAAAAUCAGAGAAUUGUAUAGACGCCGAUACCCACGGACUCUUGAAGGACUUUCUGAUUUAUCCACAAUAAAAUCAUCGGUUUUCAGUUUGGAUGGUAGCUCAUCACCUGUAGAACCGGACUUGGCUGUGGCUGGAAUCCGUUCAUUGCCUUCCACUUCAGUUACACCUCACUCACCGUCCUCUCCUGUUGGUUCUGUGCUGCUUCAAGAUACUAAGCCUACAUUUGAGAUGCAGCAGCCAUCUCCCCCAAUCCCUCCUGUCCAUCCUGAUGUGCAGUUAAAAAACCUGCCCUUUUAUGACAUCCUUGAUGUUCUCAUCAAGCCCACAAGUUUAGUUCAAAGCAGUAUUCAGCGAUUUCAAGAGAAGUUUUUUAUUUUUGCUCUGACACCUCAACAAGUUAGAGAGAUAUGCAUUUCUAGGGAUUUUUUGCCAGGUGGAAGGAGAGAUUAUACAGUCCAAGUUCAGCUGAGACUUUGCCUGGCAGAGACAAGUUGCCCUCAAGAAGAUAACUAUCCCAAUAGCCUGUGUAUAAAAGUAAAUGGAAAGCUGUUUCCUUUGCCUGGCUAUGCACCACCACCUAAAAAUGGGAUCGAACAGAAGCGCCCUGGACGCCCCUUGAAUAUUACAUCUUUAGUUAGGUUAUCUUCAGCUGUGCCAAACCAGAUUUCUAUUUCUUGGGCAUCAGAAAUUGGAAAGAAUUACUCCAUGUCUGUAUAUCUUGUACGGCAGCUUACAUCAGCCAUGUUAUUACAGAGAUUAAAAAUGAAAGGUAUUAGAAACCCUGACCAUUCCAGAGCACUAAUUAAAGAAAAACUUACUGCAGAUCCUGAUAGUGAAAUUGCUACAACUAGCCUUCGGGUAUCCUUGAUGUGUCCUUUAGGAAAAAUGAGGCUGACAAUCCCAUGUCGUGCAGUGACUUGUACACAUCUGCAGUGUUUUGAUGCUGCUCUUUAUCUACAAAUGAAUGAGAAGAAGCCCACCUGGAUUUGUCCUGUCUGUGACAAAAAGGCUGCCUAUGAAAGUCUAAUAUUAGAUGGGCUUUUUAUGGAAAUUCUCAAUGACUGUUCAGAUGUGGAUGAAAUCAAAUUUCAAGAAGAUGGUUCUUGGUGUCCAAUGAGACCGAAGAAAGAAGCUAUGAAAGUAUCCAGUCAGCCGUGUACGAAAAUAGAAAGUUCAAGUGUUCUCAGUAAGCCUUGCUCAGUGACUGUAGCCAAUGAGGCGAGCAAAAAGAAAGUGGAUGUUAUUGACCUAACAAUAGAAAGCUCUUCUGAUGAAGAGGAAGACCCUCCUGCCAAAAGGAAAUGCAUCUUUAUGUCAGAAACACAAAGCAGCCCAACCAAAGGGGUUCUCAUGUAUCAGCCAUCUUCUGUAAGGGUGCCCAGUGUGACUUCGGUUGAUCCUGCUGCUAUUCCGCCUUCAUUAACAGACUACUCAGUACCAUUCCACCACACGCCAAUAUCAAGCAUGUCAUCAGAUUUGCCAGGUUUGGAUUUUCUUUCCCUUAUUCCAGUUGAUCCCCAGUACUGUCCUCCUAUGUUUUUGGAUAGUCUCACCUCACCCUUAACAGCAAGCAGUACGUCUGUCACCACCACCAGCCCCCAUGAGAGCAUUACUCAUGUUAGCUCAUCCAGCAGCAGGAGUGAGACAGGGGUCAUAACCAGCAGUGGAAGUAACAUUCCUGACAUCAUCUCACUGGACUAAGAAGGACUCAUUCAAUUCUAGGAAUCAUUAAUCACAACUGCUCUUUAUUGAAUCUUUGGUCCGUGGAACUAUUUUUUGAGCAGUUACUUUGAUAUUUAUUGAAACAGCAAAUGGAUUCUUUUGCUUUCUGAAAGAUGAACACAGAUGACUGCAGCAAGAACCAGAUGACAUGCAAGGAUUUUUCUUAUUCAUGGUGUCCCUGAGCAUCAGAUACAUUCAGCCAUAAUUGUAUCUUUCUAAGCGAUGGAUUUCAAUUUCAUAUGUUACUGGAUGGAUUCUACAAAUUAGUUUUUAAAAAUCUUUUUUGUUGUAAUAAAUGCCAAUAACAUUAUGUAAAUAUUCAAGUACACUUUUUUCUAAUUAAGGAAAAAAAUAUGUAAUUAAUGAUUCUGGAAUGGCAGCAACUUGUGUUUAACCUGAUGUGACCAAACUCAAACUCACUGCCAGCCGUCGAGUUGAUUCUGACUCAUAGCGACCCUAUAGGACAGGGUAGAACUGCCCCGUUGGGUUUCCAAGGCUGUAAUCUUUAUGGAAGCAAACUGCCACAUCUUUCUUCAGAGGAGCAACUGGUGGAUUUGAACCACAGACCUUUGGGGUAGCAGCCCAGUGGUGAAAUACUGUGCGACCAGGGCUCCUUACCUGAUGUGAAAGAAAAAAGAUACGGAAAGGAGUUAGGUUUGCUGAAUGGGUCUUUGCCACAGAGGUUUCGUUAAAGUAAUGAAGCCUUGAUGAGUGACCAGAACUUGGGCUCCACUUUCCUUCCUGCAGUUUCAGUUUUCUUCCUGAUCCUGUCAAAGAAAAUGGCCUUUGAUAUACAUUUUGCCCUGAUUGUCAUUUAUACUUUGACAUUGUUUGUUAAUGAAUGCAGAAUGAAGUUCUGGGAUUUGGCUGCUCUUUACUAGUGAUUAUGUUGAAGAACACUAUGCAGAUUCUGCCCUGACCUAAUGUGUGUUAUUUUUGGUAACCGCAUUUUCAGUCUAGAGUUUUCUGUAAAUUUGGAGGCUUGCUUUCUCAAAAAAGAAAUUUCAUGCAGCCAUUGAAUGAAAUGUUUUGGGGGUAAGGUGUGGCUGGAAUGUUGGUUAGAAUUUUCAUUACACUCUCCAGAAAUGUUAAGAGCUUAUUGGCAGCAGAAGAACAGAUUUAGGGGAGGUGGGAAUAACACAGUUUAAUUUCUUCCUAAAAACUUAAUUUGUUCACAUAUUUUACUGAAUAAUAUGUAAAUGUUUGUUGAAACUUUUUAGGUUUUCAUAACAUUGACAUAGAAAAAUUGUUCUAGAUCACAGAUCAUAUUUCUCGACGAUGUACUCUCAAGCUCAAAUCAAUGAAUGACUUUCAGACAUAAAAAACAAAAAAUAACAAGGAAUAGGGUGGCAUCAGAUUUCAUUUUUUGAAAAGGAAAUCUUUGCUGAAACCAUAAAAAAUAAUUAGAAAUCUUUUAACUGAAGUGAGGAAAGGUCAGGGAGAAUGGGCCUGGAGCCCACUUGAUGUCUUGCUCCAUGCUGCCCUCAAACACUCCAAGGAGCCCCUGCGAUUCUGGAUGCAUUUUGAAACCACUCUCUUAUACUGCAUUUGCUUUUAAAUCACUGAGGAAACUGAAUUUUGCCGCUUACAGAAAAAUUUUCAUCCAUAGUUUAUAUUUUUCUUCACUUUGUUUGGCUUCUUAAAUAAUUUCUGGACUCUAAAAGAUUUAGUAAUUCUUUCCUAAUGUUUAGAUUUCUCUUCCUAAGCGGUAUCUACUUCCUUGAAAAAUAACACCCUUUUUUUCCCUGACUAAUCAAGCUAAUUGAUUUCUCAAACUGAAGUGCCCAGAUGAGGUCCCUCCACUUUCAGUUAGAAUAGGACACAUUACUUCAUGGCCCACGUAGGGAGCUGACUUGUCUCUGCUUGGUCUUUUACACCUUCUCCAGUUUUCAUGGCCUUUCUGUGCUCCUUUUGAUUUAAUUUUCUGGGGUUUUCUACAUCAUCCCUUCUUUGGCUGCAUCAUCCCCUUUUUCAAUGAAGAUGUGGAAAAAAGUCGGAAUCUUCCAGCAGUAGUUUCACUAUAGUUGCCAAUUAUACCUUCCUAGUCAUUAGAUUUCUAAUCCCGUGUUUUAGUCCUUUGGUCCAGAUAUAUAAUUUCUUCCUAGUAAGAUUUUAUGUUGCUGCUCUAAAUACAGAUGCAAUUUCUGUUAACUUUGUAACCAGAAAAAGUAAACUGAUUUGUGUGGUAUAAUUUGUUAAUAAAGAAAUGAUGUAUAUUUGCUAUCAUUUUGUUAACCUUUAGAUUCUCAGAGACA